AGCAAAACUGCAGGUUACGUAUUCAAGAAAGAGAUAACUGCGCACGCGUAGUGCUACCACGUGAUAGGCUCUUUCAAUACUAACGCCUCUUGCGGCAGUGGCCACCUUAUCGUUACGCGUUUUUCGCCUAAGUGCCCAGACUUGUAUACAAGACCGUGAUCUUCAACAUUCCAAAUGAAAGGCCACGAGCGAUUGCUCGGACAAACAUAAAAUGAUCUGAACAAUGCAUUUCAUAAAUAUAUAAAUUUCUAAUUAUUUCUAAGAUCAUUAAUGAUCUAAAUACCUAAGUUUCAUUGUUGCAUCGAUUAUACCUUUCAUAUUGGUUGCACUAUUAAAUACAGAUUUAAUUCCCACAUUUAGGAAUUCUAUAUUACAAUUCCCUUAAUAGACAGACAUUCUAAAAGGAACGAGAUAGAACCAAUAUAUUUAUCCCGUAUCAUAGUGUUCAGCAAUUUACAAAUUCUUCUCCACAAAUCAGCACAAAAUUUCUAGCUAAUAAAUUGUGGCAAGGACACCAACAUUCCCCUACAUAUAAAUGGGCAUUUACUUAAACUAAUAAUAAUCUAUCAUAUGAAUUAGGUAAUUCACUAGGAAUGUAAAUGUUUUUCAACUUCUACUCUAAUUUCAUUGUUGAAAGUAAAUAAUAUUGACCGUUGUACAGAUAUACAUAAGUACAUAACUGAUUAAAUUUAUGUGAAUCCCCUACAGUUUCUUGCCCACAGAUUUAAGUGUGUAUGUUCACACCAACGCAGCCGUUCGCCGGCCUACAUGAGAAAAUAACCAGCAGCUUCUAUCAAGGGGUCUGUUUAGUGGAAAAUGAAAGUGCCAGGAACACAUCAGCGAUUGGAGGACCAAACAGCAAUGGAAGUUACGAUUACGGCUUGUUUCAAAUUAAUGGUAAAUACUGGUGCGCUGAAGGAGUAAACGGUGGCGAUUGCAAUAUGAAAUGCGAAGAUCUGAUUGAUGAUGAUAUCACUGAUGAUAGUAAAUGCUGUCUAGAGAUGAUUUAUCCUAGGCAUGGAUUUAAUGCCUGGCACGGUUGGGAGCGAAAAUGCAAGUAUCAUCCACUACCAGAUGUGACACAUUGCUUUAACGAAGUGACCUUGUAAUGAUGAUAGUUAAAUUUUGAAUAUCAAAUAGUCUAUCGAAAUCUUUCGUUCUUAAAUUAUAAUUAAUAAUUAAUGACAUCCUGAAAUAAAGGCCGUCACGAAGAAUACACUAUUUGGUUAAAUUCUAAUAUUAUUUGAACUCAUAAAUUGGAUGCAUUAUAGACAUAUCCUCGCGUUCAGUGAGCCAUCUCUUCAGCAGCUUCUCCAGGAGCUCUGCAUUCAACUGAAAAAUGAAUUGAUUAGUAUUAAUAGUAACAAAUAGCAGUAUGAAUUAUAUUAACUAUACCUCUGGGUUAUCGGAUGGAGAUAGGUUUAAAUUUUGUUUAAGUUUUAAUGUAUUCAGUGCCCAAAUUUGUGUACCAAGUCGGACUGCCCAUAUAUUUGAGUUCAAAGGUCCGACAAUGGAACUACUGUUCUUGUAUUCUUUUCUUAAAUGAAAAAAGAAAGUAUUUCAAUAGAAAACCGUUGUUACGGCUAGUACGAUUUAAUAAAGACACUUACUGAUUACAAAAA